AGUGGUAGUAGCUACAGGGCUUUGCUUUGCAUAAACGAAACCUCGCCAUUCCCAUUCCAUGGUUGCUUGCAAGAAAUUCUUAUGAUUGUAAGAAACUCUAGCGGAAUUUUGCAUUCUAAUUGUGCCGUUCGAUUCCAUUCUUUGAUUCUUCGCUAGAAACCUUUGAGCGAUGGAUUUGUUUUGUUUUCCAGACUUGGCCUUGCUAAAAUUCUUUGCAUUGCUUGUAAGGCAUUUCUUCCUUCAUUGAUUGUUUGCGUCCUUACUUGCUUAGAGAUGGUUCUUCAGUUGUUCCAGAAGAGUUCUCUUCGUAUUAAGCAGCAAGCUUGGUGGAAAUUCCUACGGCUCUAAUCCAUCUCGCUAUGACUCGAGCUUCGAGAAAAACCAAACAACUCGUUGUUGGUGUUGUUCUUUCUGCUGUUGCGUGGCUGCUUUUGCAUGUCUUCGUGCUUUUGCGCUCUCACACAGCUCCUAGAAUCUAUGGCGCCGCCAUGGCUAUGUGUGUCUUCCAAAGCCUGUUUUCUCCAGAGCCAGCUUCCCUGACUCUUCCUUUCACUUUAGAUAUCACUAGCAGUUGUGACGAUCGUGAGGCUUCACCGGUUGUUUUUAUUGUAGAUCAAAAAGGAUUUGGAGAUUUCCGCACAGUCCAGGAUGCGAUCGACGCUGUUCCCGACUACAACCAAGUUCCAGUUCAUAUCUAUAUUAACAAUGGAACAUUCACGGAAAAGGUGUUGAUCCCACAUAGCAAGCCGUAUAUUACUUUGCAGGGACAAGGAAUGGACCUCACAGCCAUAGCCUGGAACGACACCGCAAAUUCUAGCGGCAGAACAUACAAAAGUGCAAGUGUGAGCGUGGAAGCAACAGAUUUUGUUGCCAAGAACUUGAGUUUUCUGAACACUUCUCCAGGACCAGGAGUUGGAGUUCAAGGAGCUCAAGCCGUUGCUCUGAGAGUUUCAUCCGACCGAGCAGCGUUCUAUGGCUGCGGCUUUUAUGGCUUCCAAGACACUCUAUUCGACGACCAAGGCCGACACUACUUCAAGGAAUGCUUCAUCGAGGGAUCCAUCGAUUUCAUCUGUGGGAGUGGACGAUCUCUCUACGAGAACUGUGAACUCCACUCAGUUGCGAACCCAUCGAAGAAAGUCUCGGGGUCGAUCACUGCUCAGCGACGACUAAAGUGGUCGGAAGCCUCGGCUUUUUCGUUCGUCAACUGUAGUAUAACGGGGACUGGAAACGUUCUCUUGGGACGAGCGUGGGGUCCGUUCUCCAGAGUAAUCUUUGCGUACACUUCCAUGGACAGCAUCGUCCAUCCGGUUGGAUGGGACGACUGGGGAGACUCGGGCAGAACUUUGACGGUUGUUUAUGGCGAAUACGAGUGCUCUGGCUUGGGAUCCAACAGGAGAAAACGAGCGAACUGGUCUCACUCUCUUUCGGAUUGGCAAGCUUAUCCUUACUUGAGCCCGCUUUUCAUCGAUGGAGAUGAAUGGAUACCAGAGCUCAUGGCAUCGAGCGAGAAGAAAAUUUCAGCAGCAACAACACAAGAGUUGGGGGUGCUGAAUUACGAGCACGAUGACAAUGACGAGCUCUAGUCACCGGAAAUAUUUACAAUCAAUCGACCAAGGUAGAAGUUAUACA